AUGGCUGCUGCAAAUCUUGUGCGAACUGCUUUCAAUGGAUUAUUAAGAAAAUCCGUUACAUACCAAGCGCCGGUGGUAUGCAGGCUAUCCACUGUAGCUUUACAGCAAAAAUAUAAUACAGUAAAAGCCUUAACUAGGACAUAUGACGUUCAGCACAAAAAUGGGGUACUUUAUCAGCGUACCCGACAAUACGCCACCGGUCCUGUGCAUAAGAUAACCCAGCAACAAAUCGAAGAUCGAGUGCUGAAAAAUCAAAAAAUCGCGGUCCGCAACUACAGUGGGGGUCCUCCAUUAACGCUUGAUCUAAUUAAGAGUAGAGUCAUUCUAGUUCUUCAACUCUAUGACAAAAUUAACCCAGAGAAGAUAUCUCUGGAAUCCCAUUUCAUCAAUGACUUGGGACUUGAUUCCUUGGAUCAUGUUGAGAUUGUCAUGGCAAUGGAAGAUGAAUUUGGAUUUGAAAUACCCGAUGGGGAUGCAGAAAGACUUCUUAGACCCAAAGACAUUGUACAAUAUAUAGCUGACAAAGAAGAUGUAUAUGAA